AUGUGCAAGGGUACGGCCAACUACAGGAGAGACAAGCAAGCCAAUGCAGUGGAUUGUGAGCAACACACCAACACACACUGGGGAUAUCAAGAAGAAGAGUUUUUAGAAGAUAUGUACUUGUACCAGCUGCAGCGAGGCAAAUCACAGACUCCAGUGGUCGCCAUUCACAUCAAUGGCAUUCCCAUCAGUUUACACUUGGACACGCAGGCUGAUGUCACAGUCAUCACUGAAAAGCAUUAUGGAAAGCUUCGGACCAAGUGUCCCCUACAGCAAACCAGCAUGGCGAUCAGAAGCUACUCUAGAGAAGGCAAAGGCCCGGUGCUACCCCUGCUUGGAAAAUUCACAGCGGCACUAGUCCAGGGGGAAAAGGAGACGUACGUAGUUAAAGGACAAGGUGACACAGCACUGCUAGGCCAUGGGGCCGCUGAACGUAUGGGCCUCGUGGAGCUCCACCUGGACCUGACAACAAGCCCACUAUUACCAGUCAUGGGGGAAAUGCUACAAGAGACCGUUGAUCUGGUUGAAGAGUACAAGGAUGUGUUCACGGGUUUAGGAAAGCUAAGAGGAGUAACGGUGAAAUUACACGUGGACCCCGACGCAAAAGGUGCAGUGCAGAAAUAG